AUGACUAUUGAGUUAAUAGAGUAAUUAGGAACUUUUUUUUAUUAAAUAUGAUCUACAAGUGCUUGUUGGGAUUGAUCUUUGCCUCGUUAUUGGAUAAAGGCCAUGCCGAAAUUUACGCUGUUAAAUUCGAUUCUGAGUUUUAUCGCGAGGAGUUUGCUGAUAAACCUGCCUUGUUUGGGCCAAACUUGAAGGAUCAAGCUCUAGCAGGCAUGCUUAUCGAAGCCAACCCAUCGACGGCGUGCUCAGAGAUCCAACCUCCGCCGAACAACCAAAAAAAUGAGAUCGGCAAAUGGAUAGUCCUGAUCAGGAGGUUCACAAACACCUCCAAAUGCUCGUUUGAACUGAAGGUCCGCAUUGCUCAAGCUGCAGGCUUCGAUGCAGCUAUAGUUUACAAUGUAGACUCGGAUGAUCUGGUCCCGAUGGGGGCCGGGAACAAAACGGGCAUCUUCAUACCGUCGGUAUUCGUCGCCGAGAAGUCUGGGAUGGAGAUGUUGAACAAGUACGCAAACAAUCCGAGCUUCUUCGUCGUUAUUAACGGCGACACGCCGUUUGAUAUUCCGACGCAUUUGUUGGUACCCUUCGCCAUAGUCGUUGGGAUUUGUUUUAUAGUUAUGAUUGUUUUUAUGGUAUGGAAAUUUUUGAAAGACAGGAGACGACAAAGGCGAAAUCGAUUGCCUAAAUCUGUGUUAAAUAAAAUACCGACUCACAAGUUUCAGAAGGGCGAUCCUUACGAAACUUGCGCUAUUUGUUUGGACGACUACGUAGAUGGAGAGAAAUUGAGGGUCCUUCCAUGCAACCACGUUUACCAUACGAAAUGUAUAGACCCGUGGUUGACGAAGAACAGACGGGUGUGCCCGAUCUGCAAGCGCAGCAUCUGGGGCAUCAAUGAGACGCGUUCGGAUUCGGAUAGCGAGACUGACACCGAUGACACGACGCCACUGAUAAAUAACCGAACCGGAGGCGGCACGCAAGGGGGCACGUUCCAGCCGCAGUCCGAAAAUCCAUUCCAAAGAGCUAUCAGGUCUAUAUCUCAAACUUCGGGAGCAGCUACCGCCAACUUCGUGACCACCUCCGGUCAUCACAGCAUCAACGGGGAUUACCAGAGUAUUCAGAGCAGUUCGGCCUCUUACGGCGACUGCUCAAGCAGCACGACCUCCGACGACGUCAUGUGCUCGACUAAUCCUUUAGAAGCGUCGACCAAUCCGUUCGAAGCGUCGACCAGCAGCGGCAAGAACGUCAAUUUCGACGUCAACGUCAAAGUCGACGUUGUGCAGGUGGAUGCGGUUAGCACUAAUUCUAGUUUAGACGGAGGGGCGCACGCGUAAUGGCCGAUCGUUUUUGCGGCGUUUUGGAUUUGCGGACACGGUUGUAAUUGCCGCGAGAUGUGAUGAAAGGAGGGUUGUCUGGAGAUUAAAAUUUUGCUGGUGUGAUGGUUGAAUCGUUUAAAAAGGGUGUUUAUAUUAAUUUGGAACUAUUCUCAACAUUUUUACAUCGAUUGUGCUCCAUCUGUACGUGAGUUUAGAUAUCUGACAACCAUCCUUAUAGAAAAAUGCAUUAUCGCAGGUAUGGCAUCGAUGCAAUUGACUUACACGUUCUUUGACACUGUUUCAGAACGGACUUCCAAAUUGUAAUCUUUCAAAACUGUCAAUUGUCAUUAAAAAUUUAAAUGACAAUAAUUUCACUUUUAUUUUUAACAAUAUGCAAACGAUUCAGCUGUCAUACUUAAAUACUUUAAGUUCAAUUAAUUAUGAUCAAUUUGUUAUGUAUGAACUACUGAUUUUUUUUUGUGUGAAUUCUAGUCGUGAAAAUAUUGGUAUGUGGAAAUUACAAUAAGGAUUAAAAAACUAAUAAGUUUGUUUUUCUUUUUUUCUCAAAAUAUUACGAAAUAAUUUCAAUAAUCAUCGUCACUUGGCCUAAAUGGGUACCUCUACGAGAAAAAAUGCACAUUUGUUUAUUCAAAUGAUUUCUUUUAACAUUCUUUUUAUCUCAAUUCAAUUUAUUGAGCAUUUUUUUAAAAUUAAUUGGGACA